CCGCCGCCCGCACCCGCCGCAGGAGGGCGCCGAGGAGCUGGAGGAGGAGGAGGCCGGGCUGGGCGAUGGCGACGGAGGGGACGCCGCCAUUGAGGACCCGGAGCUGGAGGCCAUCAAGGCCCGGGUGCGGGAGAUGGAGGAGGAGGCCGAGAAGCUCAAGGAGCUGCAGAACGAGGUGGAGAAACAGAUGAACAUGAGCCCCCCGCCGGGCAAUGCCGGCCCGGUCAUCAUGUCCUUGGAGGAGAAGAUGGAAGCCGACGCUCGCUCCAUCUACGUGGGCAACGUGGACUAUGGGGCGACGGCGGAGGAGCUGGAGGCCCACUUCCAUGGCUGCGGCUCCGUCAACCGCGUCACCAUCCUGUGUGACAAGUACAGCGGGCACCCAAAGGGCUUCGCCUACAUCGAGUUCUCCGACAAGGAGUCCGUGCGGACAUCGAUGGCCCUGGAUGAGUCCCUCUUCCGAGGGAGGCAGAUCAAGGUGAUCCCGAAGCGCACGAACCGGCCCGGGAUCAGCACCACGGACAGGGGCUUCCCCCGCAGCCGCUUCCGGGGCCGCGCCGGCGGCUUCAGCGCCUCCAGGGCCCGCUUCUACAGCGGGUACAGCCGGGCCCGAGGGAGGGCGUACAGGUGCUUGGGGGGCGAUAUGGGGUCCU